AUGGAAAAGUAUCUAAAGCCUGGUGUGCACUAUAUCGUCAUCAAUGGAAGAUAUUAUGUCUCGAAGGACCUCCACCUGACCAACUUUGGCGAUACGGUCGUCAAACCCGCAGCUGGUGACCCAAAGCCUCAGUCGGAAGGCCGAGCAGUCUUGGCCAACUUGAGACCUCGUAUUAGGGUGCCCAUCACCCUCAAGAAGAACCCUGGCGCCCAUGUCGACAGAGGGUUCGACAAGCUAUACGACAGAAUAAAUCUCUACAAGCCGCUGGGUCCAGGUCUUGUGCAGGAGGAUGAGGGAUGGGUCGGACAGGCUGGCCACAGAUUAAACGUUGUUCUGCCCGAUCUCAAUGGCUACGCUGAGAACGAAGAAGCUUCCGUGCCCAAUGGCCUCGAAUACCAGCAGCAUGUCGCCAUGGCCCCCAUGGCUCCUUGGCACCCCAACAACCUUCAGGAGUAG